AUGGCGCCCCGAGGUGCCCACAAAACCGGAGGUCGCCUUUAUGAGCUAGGAGAGCAGGGCCGGCUUGAUGAGCAUGGCAUGCAGCCCCUCGAGGGCUUGUUUUCAUCCCCAACCAAGGCCCCCGCGGCCACGCCUCCCGGCGCCGAUAUGACCGGAGAGCUAGACAUGGAACUCGACAUCGGCGAGACUACCCAUCCCUCGAGGCAGAUCCCCGCCAAGACGAAUUUACAGUCGCCCGCAGUAAAGAACCCUCACGUCGGAAUGUUUUCCUCCCCCAGCCGCGGUUCGGUAGUGCGCUCGGCCGAUAAAGACGAUUCCGAUGACCAUACUGUGACGCGGAGACUGGACCUUAGGAGGGAGAAUCAGAAUGGGACCCGUACCAAGAGGACAAACGGCGCACGUAGAACGUCGAGCCGUCUAUCUCUGACCCAGGACGACUCGCUCAACCAUGAUGAUGACGAUGGCGACGCGAUCCCGAGGCGUAACGCCGCCCCUGCCGCCGACGACUCGAUUCAGCUCAUCCACGACUCGCCAUUAGGGAACAGCGUGCACGACGACACCCUGGAACCUCUCGCUGAGGAGCAAGAAGAUGUUCGGCCGAAGCCCGCAAGGCGCGACGACCUACCGGAACCGCCAUCAGAGGGCAUGUUCGAGGAGGCGGCGGCAGUGGUGGAGGAGGAGGAGGAGGAAGAGGUACCCGUACCCGUACCACACCGCGCUGCCCGGCGACCCGGGAGGCCACCAAAGGCGGUCUCGCCAAACACUUCGAAACGUCGAGCUAGGGCAUCGCCGGACGCAGAAGACGGGGUCGGCGAGGAAAGCGAAGUGCGUGACCGAAGUAAGAAGCGACAGAAGACGCAGGCGAUUCCCGACCCUAAACCUGUCACCAAACCCGCCACCAAACCCGCCGCUAAGCCGACGAGCACGAAAUCAGCCGCCGUAAAGCCAGCAGUGCAGCGACUCGGGCAGGAAGACCCUGACGCCUCCAUCCUCCAAGUCCAGCGCGGCCCUCCAUUACCCAAGGCACGAGGCCUAGUUUCCAUCCGGCGCGACGCCAAUCAUAUUUCGCAAACGCGCUCGGGUCGGCGUUCCUACCGGCCGCUCGAGUUUUGGAAAGGCGAACACGUCGAAUACGCCCAUGAGGAGAUGCACGAUGGCACCUACGGCCACGGCCGGCGCAUGGUGCUACCGAGCGUCAAGGAAGUGGUUCGUGUCGAAGAGGAAGAAAAGGAGAAGGACAAGCGGAAGAGGGGACGGCCCAAGGAGGAGGUGGAGGAGGAGGAGGAGCCCGAAGAGUGGGAGCGGGAACCCGGCGUCAUUUCGGGUGACGUUGUCCUAUGGGAGCACCAGCACGAACUCUACCCGCCCGCUAAUGACGCGCACGUCGAGGUCGUCGAGGACCAGCUCGCCGUCUCUUCCAACGCCAUACUCACGAGGGACAUACAUGACGCCACUUUCCGCUUCGCCAAAACCCUCAACCUGUCCUUUAUGGGCUCCGGUAUCGUUGACCUCCCUUCGGGCGCGGAAAAGAAGCCCAAAAAUUCGCGCAAGAUGCAGAUGGUCUUCUUUGUCUUUUACGGCAAGGUUCUGGUCACCGUCAACGAAACCGAAUUCCGCAUCAGCGCCGGUGGCCAGUGGUUUGUGCCCAGAGGCAAUUACUAUAGUAUCAAGAACGACUACGACAGGCCGGCGAGGAUAUUCUUCGCCCAAGCCUGCGAAGUGUUUGCUGCGCCGCCAGAGGAAGAGUCCCCGCCGUCCCCUUCCACGGGGAGGGGGAUGAUGACCGAGCUUCUUCCUCUUUAA